AUGGCAUCCUCGGGAUGUUGGAAAUGCCUCUCGAGGCCGAAUACUUCGCAAUUCAUCCAGGGCAAUCAUGCGGCAUCGCGACUUCCAACAAUUGCAGCCACGGCGGGAUUUUCCACAAGUGCGGUCAUGUCCAAGAAUCCGCUGGCUGCUAAACCAAAGGGAGCGUUUGGACAAAAUAUGGCGAGGGGUGGAAAGACUUUGAAGAUUAAGAAGAAGCCGCCGCCUGUACGGUCUGGAAAACCUCCCGCGGAAGGAGAGAGAAAGGCGUUGAGGAAGAGAAUCGUACUCAGUAAUACGAAUGCGUUGGAAGUAGAACUGGAAGAUUUGGGAAUGAGCAAUGUUUCGAGUGAGGGAUUGGCAGGAAAGGUGGUGGGACUGAGUGGGAGCACGGUGGAUAGCUUAAGAGCAAGUGAAGCGUUUAAGAUUACGCAGGGAUGGAAUUUAUUUAGGAGGCCAGCGGUCUUGGUCCGGGAGGAAAGUGUUAUUUGUGCGAAGGUUUUAGAAGAGGCGGGGGCAGAGAAAAAGACGGAGCGAUUGAUUGUUGAUGGAGGGAGGGUAUCAGGGAAGAGUUUGAUGCUUUUACACGCUAUGGCUUCGGCUUUUGUUAAGGGCUGGAUUGUCUUGAAUAUUGCGGAUACCCAAGAACUUGUCAACGCUUGCACUGAAUAUUCUCCUGUGCCCGAUACCACGCCCACUCUCUUUUCCCAAAACACAUAUACCGCGGCAUGGCUAGGACGUAUUGGCAAAGCCAACGAAGCAGUUCUUGACAAGCUCCAAUUGUCACAAAAGCAUAGUCUUCCAAUUCCUCUUCAAGAAAACUUAUCCCUCCUCAGACUUUGCGAACUUGGAGCUCAGGAACCAGAUCACUCUUGGCCAAUAUUCCAAGCAUUCUGGAAAGAAAUUACAGCUGCAGACCGACCUCCAGUUCUCAUGACAUUAGACGGUCUUCAAUGGAUCAUGCAAGACAGUCUUUACCGAAACGCUGCAUUCGAAUUGAUCCAUGCCCACGAUUUGGCUGUUGUAAACCAUUUCGUGCAAUAUCUCUCUGGAGAGAAGUCUCUCCCAAAUGGAGGUGCAGUAAUUGCAGCUACAUCACGUAGCCACGCACCAGUAUCUAGAUCCACAGAUCUAGCGAUCGUGCAACAACUCAAUCGACAAUCGGAAGAAGAAAUCACAGAACGUGAUCCCUAUGAGAAGAAGUACGAUGAGAGAGCCGAUAAAGCAUUGCAAAAGGUACAGGUCAUGUGGUUAAAUGGAUUGAGUAAGCGAGAAGCGAGAAGUUUGAUGGAAUAUUGGGCCCAGAGUGGAGUGUUGAGACAGAGAGUGGAUGAGAAGACUGUGACGGAGAAAUGGGCGCUGGCUGGAAAUGGAAUGGUCGGUGAGUUGGAGAGGGGCGCGCUGAGGAUGAGAAUUUAG